GAGAGAGAGAGAGCACAGAGAGAGAGAGAGAGAGAGAGAGAGCACAGAGAGCACUGUCUUGUUCGCGGACAAAGAGGUCAACCGAGCAGGUGUCGCUAUGACAACGACCCGCCGCCGCCGCGUCAGAGCGCGCGCGGCCGCUUGAUGUCUGGAUUUCGAAUCCGACCGUUGGGAGCAUCCGUUGUUUUAACAGCUAGCAUUAGCCGUUAGCUUUUUUUUUGCGUUAAUUUUGGGUUUAAAGGUUGUGAUAUGUCAUUCACAAUGGAGGAUAACGUGGAGUCGGAGUGGGUGUCCGUCCGCCCGAGAGUGUUUGAUGAGAAAGAACGGCAUAAAUUCGUGUUUAUUGUGGCCUGGAACGUCAUCGAGGAGAAGUUCGCCAUAACCUGCCACAACAGAACCGUCCAGCGGCGGACUACUUUCCUCCUGGACGGCGGAGGCGAGAUCCCUCCGCGUUCUGAGAUCCCUCCGCCGCGCUCUGCUGCCUCCGUGGCAGCGGAAGGACACACGAAAGAAGUAGUCCGCGAUUUUUUCACACUUAAACCCGCCAAAAACGCUGCCACCGCGGAUAAAAACACACUAAUUAACCACACAAACACAAAUGAGUGUCCCAGCCCCACUUUGGCGACCUGGGAUGUCGUCACAGAGGUGUCGGACCACGUGGGUGAUGCGGACGCGGAGGACUACAGCUGGGCCGGCCUGUUCUCCUUUCAGGAGCUCCGCGCAGCUCACCUGCAGCUCUGCGCCGUCAGCUCCGAGCUGGGGCCGUGUCUGCCCUGCUUCCCGGAGGAGCAGGCCGGCGUGUGGGCGGUGCUGUUCGGGGUGGGGGUGGAGCAGCGGGAGACUGACCCUCUCUGCUACCAGCUGCAGGUGUACCUGGGCCACGCUCUGGACACCUGCGGGUGGAGGAUCCUCUCACAGGUGCUGUUCUCAGGCAGCGAGGACGCGGAGGAGUACUACGAGAGUCUGGGGGAGCUGAGGCAGAAGGGCUUUGAGGAGGCGCUGGGGAGGGCCAAGCGACGGAUGCAGGAGGUGUUGGACAAACACAAAGCCAUGGACAGCAUGGUGGAGCUGCUGCAGGUGUACCCCGAGGAGGACGAGGCGUACGGAGAGCUGCUGGAGGCAACCACUGAGCUCUACCACUACCUGCUCCAGCCUUUCAGGGACAUGAGGGAACUGGCCAUGCUGCGCAGACAGCAGAUUAAGAUCUCACUGGAGACGGAGCGCCUGGGUCCUCGUCGGGUGGAGGGCCUGAGGAAAGAGGAUGAGGAGUGGCAGAAGAAGGCUCACGCCGCCGUUCUCUCCAUUCAAGACCUGACUGUCAAGUUCUUUGAGACCACGACCCGGGCACAGAAAGCUUUGCAUGAGCGGAUGCGUGCUGACCAGAAGAAGUUUGGAAAGUCGGCGUGGGCGGCGGCGGUUGAGCGCAUGGAGCGGCUGCAGUACGCCGUUUCCAAAGAAACCCUGCAGCUGAUGAGGGCCAAGGAAAUCUGCCUGGAGCAGAAGAAGCACGGCUUAAAGGAGGAGAUGCAGAGUCUGCAAGAUGGAGAGGACGCCAUGCUGCGUGUGGACCAGCUGGAGGAGCUGUACUACGAGCUGCAGCUGCAGCUGUACGACAUCCAGGCGGAGGUGCUGCGCUGCGAGGAGCUGCUGCUCACCGCUCAGCUGCAGAGUCUACGCAGGCAAAUGACAGAGCGACAGGAUGAGGUUGUUUACUACGACGCCUUUGAGAGCCCCGAUGCCAUGAAGGGUGAUGACGACCCCGCGACCCCGCCGUCCCCCCUCAGAGAAGACGAGAUCACCAUCCUACAGCAGAGGACACGGCAGCUGGAGGCCCGCAGGGGACGAAUCACCACCAAGAAAGUCUACCUCAAAAACAAGAAGGAAAUCUGUAUCGUCAAUCACAACCAAAAGAUUCAACAGCGACAUGGUAGCCAUGUUUCCCUGCAGACACUGCAUCAGGGAGGUGAAGCCGAGGAAGACGACGAAGCCAAGAGCAACGCCAGAGUGAGUCAGGACAGGCAGAGGACUCUGGACCGACUUCGCAGCCUCAAGCAGCGUUAUCCCGGCCAGGUGACUCUGAAGUCCAGCCGGCUGCGUCAGAGUCAGCCUCACGGUCGGAGGAGAGCCGGGCAGCAGCCUGACACUCACUCAGCCAGCGUUCAGACCGACUGCAUCUCCGAUCUCCCAGAACUCUCUGCUCCGCCUCCACCGGACGGCUGCAGCUGCGACAGCGUCUCUUUACCUACGGUCGACCUCGAAAGCCUCGCCUCCGCGCCUCCUUUCCUCUCGCUGCCUCCCCUCUCCCAAUCUGUCCUUUCACUGGGUGCCCCUCCUCCUCCUCCACCUCCUCCCCCACCACCUCCUCCACCUCCUCCCUCAGAGGACCAGCAGGGUGAGGACCGGGAUAUUAACCCCAGCCCAUUGCGGCAUCAUGAGUGCGAGUCCGAGUCUUCCUCUCUACCCCUGGCUCCGUUUUCCCCUCGGUUCUUUGACAGCAGUCAGCUGCAGACAGCGAGGAAGAAGCUGAAGAAGACGGCCUCGCUGGACUCGACGCAAUGGAGGAGAGCGAGCUCCCCCAUGGACGAGGUGCUGGCGUCCCUCAAACGCGGCUGUUUCCACCUGAGGAAGGCCGAGCUGCGAGUCCUGGCCCCCGACCCGGACGACGACAGCGAGAACAUCCUGGCUCAGAUCCGGCAGGGCGUCCGGCUGAAGAAGGUGCGGACCCGGCCGGAGCAGCAGCGCCACGCCAAGAGCUUCACCCACUCGGCCGACGCUCUGACCCGCAGCAUCCACGAGGCUCUGAGGAGAAUCAAAGAGGCCUCGCCGGAGUCUGAGUCGGAGGAUGAAGGCCUCCCGUGCACUGACUGGGAAAACUAGCUUAGCGUGUUUGAAGUUUUUUUUUAUGGAUACGUGGAGCCAAAACGAAGAGAAACCAAGUGGACAAGCCGGGGUUAAAUCUCCUGGAGAUACCUUGGUGCAACUUGAACAAAAAACACCUUGAUUUUCCUUUUUUUAUACAUCAGAAAACCGCUCAGAAGUAUCUUGAUGUUUUUUUUAUUCAUACUUCUGUGUGUUGUUGGUAAAGAUGGACCACUAACCUUUUUUUUUAUGUCGUUGCUGUGGCAUUGUUGGCGAGGAUACAACCUCUGACCUCUCAUUAUGUCGGCCUACAUGUCAGUCGUACUGUAGCUUGCUGUGAUGGGUUUGUUUGUAGGAAGUGAGUAUUUUGUUUGUUUUAUUACCUUUCUCUCGCUUACGACACAGUAAGCAUUCUGACUCUUCACUGAAAACGUGUGCUGUACACUUUUACAUUCAACUUUGCGACAACAAUUUUUACUGUAUACUUCAGUGGAUAAAAUGCCUAAACAUGUAUGCGGAGUAGGACAAUAGUUUGACAUUUUGGGAGAUAAAUCUGCUGGAUGUAGCUUCAUAUUUAGCGUACAGAAACUUUCAGCAAAAGGGCGAAUGAGUAUAUUUCCUAAAAAAUGUCAAACUACUACAUUCAUUUGCUAAUUUAGGUUAUUUUCAUCAUCUUUUAGUGGGAAGAAUUCGAAAACUGGCUUUGAUUUUUGCAUUUAGCAAAAAAAAACGUGCUUGUUUUUAGCAUUUUCACUUUAAAAACAACAGUUAUGACGUGAGUUUUUAGAGGAGGGAUAUCAAAGUCCAUUUCAAUGUCCAUCAUCUGUUCUGAAAACAACAGGAAGUUAAAGCAAUUGGAGCAGCAACAGCUCAAGAAUUAAAUUUAGGUGCUUUAAAACCUAUAAAACAGACAUAAUGUAAUAUUUUCAGAUUCAGUUUGACGACAUCAGUAUCUCUUAGUCUAUAUUAAAUUAACUUCCAUAAAUCUGCUUAAAAAUCCUAGAAAAAAAAGGCUCCUUGUAACUUUAAUGGUGCCAAUUUGCCAAAAUUGGGCUCAAAUUGGUUCCCACAGUGUAGCUCACUGACUCCAUGACAUCAUACUUCCUGUUUACAUCCCCCAGAGCAUCAUAUGGGAUUUAAUUCCACAACUAAGAGGAGGAUUCUAAUAACCGGAAUGGCAACGCCCAUUAAUAUUUACUGUAUUCGUGAGACUUUCAACUGUCAGACUUUUAAAAAAAACAAACUUGAACUUUGAAAGUUUAACAUGCUGUAACUUAUAAAGCUGCAGUAACAAGUGAGAGUUUAUGUUUGGAUGUGAUCCAAAUAAACUCAGGAUCAGACUUUAAGAUGCUCAGCUGGUUCAGAAAUACCAACACUGGAUAUAUUAGCACACAAAGAGCUGUAGCUUUUCAGAUAAAUAUUCAUAACAAAUUAUAUCUGUUGACUUGUGCAUCCUCUGCUUUCUCUCCUCCAAGGAUGCCAUUUUGACCGGGUCAGUAUUUUGACAAAAUAUAUAAUAUAUAUAUAUAUAUAUAUAUAUAUAUAUUCAGCACCAGCUUAAUUAUUUACAAUUACUUGAAUAUAACUUUAUUUUCUGUGAUGACUUUGAGAUGGAAAAAAAAUGGAUGUAACAUUUUAAUAUAUAAAGAGGGUUCUCCCCUAAUGAAUAAUAACGACCUCCAAUUCAACACCCAAAAACAUACAACCAAAAAAUCUGUCGGUGUGUCGGACAGCUCAAUCUUUUUUAUGAAGCUCUACUCUUAAAAUAUUGUAGUUUAGAGCUGAAACAAUUCAGCAGAAAAUGAAUAUGCAAUGAUUUAAACAAUUCAUCAAAAACUCAAAAUAUUCUCUGAUUGUAGUUUUCUAAAAUUUGAUGAUUUGCUGCUUUUCUCUGUUUUUAUGUCACUUUUGGUUCGGAAAUGUUUCCUCGGACAAAACAAGCCAUUUGAAAACGUCGCCUUGACCAUUUUUCACUUUUAUAGACUCAACGAUUAAUCGAUUACUUUAGAAAGUAACCAGCAGAUUAAUUGGUGCUGAGGAAAUGUUGAAGAUGACUGACUCCCCUGUUUAAAAAUAUAAAUAUAUAUAUACUUUAAACACAUAUGUGGAGGAUAUAUAAUGAUGCAGAAACUUUUCCAUGCAGCAUAUUGAAGCCUGUCUGCAGGGAUAAGUUCAGCUGAAGUCUGAGGCCUCAUCGCCCUCUGCUGGUGAACAAACGCAGCCUCCUCACAACAUUUAGAUCAUAUGUGAUGUUUUUUUAUUUAUUUUUACUGUCAUUUUAUUAACCUGAAGGAGUCUUCUCUCUUCCCACUGCCUUCAACAUUUUGUUUUCCACGCUCAUUUACAUACUGGAGCUGUUGUUUGAGUUUGUUGUGCGUGUGUGUGUGUGUGUGUGUGUGUGUGUGUGUUUUGAUUUUUAUACCAGCCUCUUUAUUCUGUGUCAAACCUGUCUUUAACUGAAACUCACACUUCCUGUAUUUAAACAAGUAAUGCACUGUAUCAUGGUUACAUUUAAAAGGAUUAGUUUGACUUUUGAGGGGGAAUUAAUUCAUCAUUUCUGGUCGAGAGUUUGAUGAGAAGAUUAGAUACCACUGUCAUGUCUGUGCGGUAAAUAUGAAGCUACAGCCAGCCGUUGAUUAGCUUAGCGUAGCUUAAAGAGAUGAAACGUGAGGAAACUGCUAGCCUAGCUUUAUUUUAUGAAGACAAAACACACCUUCCAGUGUUGCUUGUUGUUUCUGAGUGUGAAAACGGCUCAUUGUUGCCUUUUGUGGCAGUUAGGGGGGAAAAACAUCCACAACAAUGGCAAUUCUCACCAACCGUUAACGAGCAGUUUGUGUGAUUCGCUGUCUGACCACAGGGGGCGGCCAUGAGCACCAAACGGUUCGGUGCGGUGCAAUGACGUCAAGAAGACACCGUAAUAUAAAAUUACACAAAUAUUCAAUUUUUACUUUUUGAAAGUGUUUUAAAACGGUAUUUUUAGGUUAAAAGGGAAAAAAUAAUAACUAACUAAUUGCGGUUAGCUAAAAGAGUGAAUAUUUGUUUUACAUUCAUCAGGUGACUCCGAUUGGACGCGACUGUUAACCUGCUGAUAUGACGUGUUAAUUAGUGAGGUUUUGAGUCUUUGGUAGCUGUUACUUUUCGUAGGGAGCCAGGCUAGCUUUUUCCAACCGUUUCCGGUCAUAUUGCUAAGCUAAGCUAAUAUUUCACUUCAUAUUUUACGCACAGACGUGAGAGUGGUGCCAAUAUUCUCAUCAAACUCUUGGCAAGAAAGCAAAAAAGUGUAUUUACAAAUAAUGUCAAACUGUUCACUGUAAACAUUAAGGAGAUACAGCUGCCAUUUAAAGAGAAACUGUUGCUAGGUGUUAUAAAUCAUCGUGAUUGAACAUGUUGCAUGCAGUACGACGACAUCGUGGCUCAAACUCUGCUUCUCAUCCACCACCAGAGAACUUUAAUGAUAUUAAAAAAUAUUUAGAUCAUGUAUAACAGUAACACUUGGCAGCAAAUAUUUCCUCAGUGACGUGAACUCCAUCACACUGCUCUCAUUCCCUUUUUCUUUUUAUUUGAGCUUGAAACCAUUGUGCUUUUUAAGUAAAAAAUCCUUUUUUUUAAACAUGCAGAUUUCCUCCAACGCUGAACAUGACAUUAGUUUAACCUUUUCAUGACCUUAUGCAUGUGACUGGUUUUUAGGACGAACCCAUCACAACGUAAGUGCAAUAAUUAAGAAGAAAAAGUCAUUUUUAUGAAUUAAAUACUGUAAUGAAAUGUAAAAUUAUAUCCGCAUGCCUAAAUGUAUUGAAGUAUUUAUUGAAACUUCAUAUUUUAAAAUGAUUUCUAAAAGCAUACAAAUGUAAAUGUACUUUAUAAAGUUUUUCCGUUGCUCUUUUUGGUUCCUAUCAUGACAUUCCUGUCUGCUUUCUAUAUCCUUAUUAUAUAUUUUUUUCCUUUCAAAAUAAAAUCAAGC